AUGACUCUUGCACUGGUAAUUGACCAGGUAGUGAACUGCCAUGCGCUCCCGGAUAAGUACUUUGUGCGUGUGAAGAUAGGCGACCACAAAUUCGAGACGCACUACGGCAAAAGAUCGAAGGAUGUCAUUUCCUAUCAGGUUAACUCCGUCUUCGAAAGCUACGAGGCGCCCGACAUUGAAGUGUAUUUGAUUGGGGUGGAUGGAGAGGUGGUGGCCCAGCGUACCGUGAAAGCGUGGCGGAAGUAUCUGCAUAACGGAAAGGGAUCGUUAACGGUUGGUUUUGCGCGGCCGAAAGUGCGGGGAGUGCACGCCGGGGGAGCGGACAGUUCGGAUGGUGGUAAUGACGAGUUCGGUGCGCAGGUGAAGUUGCGACUGUAUUUGGAUUCUGAUAUGUCGUUUCUGGCGUACGAUCGUUUUGAUGUAUACGUGAGUAAGUUACAGGACAUGGAUGAGACGCGUAGUGGCCGUCCGAAGAUGGUAUUAUCAUUGGGCGAAGUUGACUUGACAUUGGAUAAGCCAAGUGAAGGUGCUGACGAAGGAGAGUGGUUGUGGGAAGAGACAUUUCCGUUUCUGUAUCAUCGAGAGCGGGUGUUGAACGUGAACGUAUUUUGCGAGAACGGGGCAGCAUAUGGGAAGGCAGCAAUAGAUAUCCAUCAGUUGAUGCAUGUGAUGACAAAGGAGGCGGCCCACGAGAAGCAACAGGAUCUCGUUUCGGCUGGUUGGUUACCGGUAACGGACGCGGAAGGCGUGACGGUGGCUCGAUUGCUGGUGGGGGCAGAGGUCUGGGAUACGACAAAGACAAUCUCCCAUAUGUCUCACCACCCAGUAAAUGUAUUGCAAAAAUUGGAAGAGCGAGCGGCGUUCGAUGAGAUGUUAUUGCGCAAACUCCAGGAUGAACAUGCACUCGGUGAAUCGGACGCUGUCAAUGUUGAGCGCGACUUGGCUAACGCUCGGAAUGUACUUGAGGAAAUCCGAGUUAUCAACAGCUCUCUCCAAGAUGGUCAGAUCGUCUCCCGACAGGCGCUAAAGCGUGGCCGACGAGAGGAAAUUCGUAAAAUCGAUGACGCUGAAAAUCAACUUGCAGCGGCAGAAACAAAGCUUUAUAAUGCAUCCUGUGACGCCGCCAAAAAGAAUCUCAAAGUCGUACAGGCAGCAAACAAAGAGGGUCAAGACUUGGUUCGCCGCUGUCAGUUACAGAUGAUGACUUCUCCGCGCAAAACAGACUCUCUCCAAGAUCAGUUUGUCAUUAAACGCGAGCAAAAGAUUAACGCUCUUCAAGAAGAGCUUUACACCUGUCUUCAAACCACAACCACUCAUCGCGAUAACGUCUAUGGAGCCAACCUCAUGACCGAUAUCCCCCCCAACCUCGAAGCCAUCGAUAUCAAACGCCAUCAAGCUCACCGCAUCCUUGGUGAUCUCCAAAACUUCUCAGACACAAUCAAUGCAGAAGACGAAGAACUAAGACGUCAGCUACGCUACAAACAACUCGAAGAAGAUAAUCUCCUCCUUGAAGCUAAACCCGUACUCAUCGAAAGACCCAACAUGGGCUGCUUCACUUGCUGCAUGGGGAAUUAA